AUGGCGGAAGCUUUCGCAACCGACAUUGCAAAAUCCCUUUUACGGAAGCUAGUCUCUUUUGCAGUCCAAGAAUUUUGUUUGGCGUGGGGACUUGAAGGUGACCUUGCACGUCUUGAAGAGAGAUUGUCAGCAAUCAAUGCAGUUCUGUCAGAUGCCGAGAGGCAACAGUCACAAAAUGACAGGAUUCGGCUUUGGCUCCAGAAGCUCAAAGAAGUCUUUGAACAGACUAUUGAUCAUAGUAAUGUCUUGCAUGAGGAAACAGAGAUGAGACAAUCCUUUGAGAGCUUUUCCGGUCUUAUCGGAAGAGACAAAGACAAAGAACACAUCAUCAGCCUUCUAGUAGAACCUUUUGAGGUUGAUGGUGCACAUCCAUUUGUCGUUCCGAUAGUUGGAAUGGGUGGUUUGGGGAAGACUGCUUUGGCGAAAACAGUGUGUGAUGAAAGUGCUCAUUUUGAACUGAAAAUGAUGGCAUGUGUUUCAGAUGGUUUUACUCUAAAACAAGUGAUUUCAAAAAUUAUUAAAUCUGCAACUGGAGAAAAAUGUACUGAUUUGGAUGAGAGCGAACUAAAAGCAAAACUAGAAGAAAUUUUGACUGCUCUUCCCAACUUCCCAAAUAAAUUAGAUCGUGUGCGAACACUUCUUUUUGCAAGUGAUCUAGAGGAACCUAGAUGCAAAACAGACUUUGAGAAAUGUUUGAUAGAAUUUAAGCAUUUGCGGUCGUUGGAAUUAAUUGGUGAUUGUGAAUUGCUUCCACAAAGAAUUGGGGUUCUGAAACAUUUGAGAUAUCUCAAUUUGUCUUAUAAUUCCAAGUUGAAAAGAUUACCAAAAUCUACUUUCAAAUUACAAAAUUUGCAAGCUCUGUUUCUCGGUGAUGGAUUAGAAGAGCUGCCCAAAGAUGUGAGGUACAUGAUCAGCCUUAGAAUGUUAUUUCUAGUUACUAAGCAGCAACGGUUGCCAAAAGGUGGGAUUGGGUGCUUGGAAUGUCUUCAAUUUUUAUGCAUUCUUAGCUGUGAAAAUCUUGAAUAUUUGUGCGAAGAUAUGCAAGGUCUUAAAAGCCUUCGAAAAUUUUUUAUUGUUAAGUGUAAAAGCUUGAUCUCUUUGCCACGAAGCAUGAAAUACUUGACUGCACUCGAGUUUUUAACUAUUGCUGGUUGUGAAAAGCUUGAUUUGAUGACAAUGGAGGAAGAGUACGAGGAAGAAAUUAAACCACUUCGCCUUCAAACAGUAAAAUUUGUAUAUUUACCAGCAACAUUAGCAUUACCAAAACAGAUGCUUCAAGGAUCUGCAGACUCCUUACGAACGUUGGUGAUUCUUGGCUGUCCAAACAUUAAAGAAUUACCAGAGUGCGUCGGCAAUCUAAAUAAACUCCAAGAGCUUGUGAUCUGGAAUUGUCCAAGUUUGAGCAGAAGGUGCCAAAGGAGAACAGGAGAAGAUUGGCCCAAGAUCGCUCGUAUCCCUCAAAUUAAUGUUCAAGAUAUUGACAGUGAUGAAGAAACAUCUGAUUAG